AUGUAUGCCGAGGUCAUCUACACUAACAUUUGGGCUCUACAUUUGAAUUGCACUCCUGAACAAAUCAACAAGAUUGCAAAGAAGCAUGGUUUCCAUAACCUGGGAAAGAUAUUUCCAGAUGGAAACUAUUACCAUAUGGAGCAAAGACAGGUGGCAAAACAAUCAUUGCAGGCACACUAUUUGCAUAAUCUUAUAUUCAAAAUGGACCCUAAGGUGCUUUGGUUUGCACAGCAAUCUGGAAGGAGUAGAAAGAGAAGACACUCUUUCACAGUACCAACUGAUCCAUUUUUCAAUCAGCAGUGGUACCUGAGUGAGGCCUUUGAUCAGAAUGUGGUGGCUGCAUGGGCUCGAGGCUACACAGGAAAAGGGGUGGUGGUGUCCAUCUUAAACGAUGGCCUAGAGACAAGCCACCCAGACAUUGCUGAAAAUUAUGAUCCACAGGCUAGCUAUGACAUGAACGAUAAUGACCCCAACCCAGACACCCAAUACAUUCUGACCAGACCAAAGAGGCACGGAACACGGUGUGCUGGGGUGGUGGCAGCAGUGGCAAAUAAUGGGGUGUGUGGGGUUGGAGUGGCAUAUCAGGCCAAGAUUGGAGGAGUUCGGAUGUUGGAUGGACAAGUGACUGACCUGAUAGAAGCCAUGUCCUUAAAUUUGAAUCAGCAACACAUUGACAUCUACAGCUCCAGCUGGGGACCUGAAGAUUUGGGGACGAAUUUGGAGGGGCCAAACACAUUGGCUCAAGAAGCCUUUAUCAGAGGCAUUACCAAUGGCCGAGGUGGCUUGGGUUCCAUUUACGUCUGGGCUUCAGGCAAUGGGGGCGCCAGCUUUGACAACUGCAAUUGCGAUGGCUACACCAACAGCAUUUACACGUUGUCUGUUGGUAGUACCACUGAGAGGGGAACACUGCCCUUCUACAGUGAACCCUGCUCUGCCAUUCUAACAACGACCUACAGUGGUGGCAGCUUUCAUCACCGCAAUAUUGUCACCACCGACCUGCAUCAAUCCUGCACCUCAGACCAUACUGGGACCUCUGCCUCUGCCCCUCUGGCUGCUGGGAUCAUUGCACUGGCUCUGGAGGCAAACCCGACACUCAACUGGCGUGAUGUGCAACACCUCGUGGUGCGAGCAUCUAGACCGGUAGAUCUUCGAACGCAUGAUUGGCGGACCAAUGGUGUUGGAAGACCUGUCAGCCAUUACUAUGGAUAUGGGCUACUGGAUGCAGGGAGACUGGUGGAGUUGGCCAGUAAAUGGAAAGCAGUCAAACCUAAAAGGAAAUGCACCAUUGACCUCAUUACCAGAGCCAUUGAACUCCGCAGGAAACUGACAUUGAGGUGGAAUGUGACAGCUUGUCACGGCACCAGGAACUGGAUUCGGUCUCUGGAGCACAUCCAGGCCCGUCUUACACUGACCUAUAGCAGACGUGGAGAUCUCUCCAUCACCCUCAUUAGCCCAAAGAAGACCAUCUCCAAUUUACUCACAACCAGGCCUUACGAUAAAAUGUCUACAGGUUUCUCAGACUGGACCUUCAUGAGUACACACUGCUGGGAUGAGGAUCCCUGGGGAUAUUGGGUUCUACGGAUAGAAAACAACGGAGAUUCAACCAACAGAGGUGUCCUGUUGAAAUUUCAUCUGGAGUUACAUGGGACAGAUGAACGCAUGGCAGACCGUCGCAUGGAGAGAGCAGUGAUACAGCAGUGUGCAGUGGGGAACUCUGAUGGCAGCUGUGAAGUGUGA